AUGGCCUAUAUCCUGGGGCUGCGGCUGCUGCCGGACAACGAGGAGGGGAAACACGGCGUUGAGGGCUCGGCCACGCUGUUUUACAUGGUGCACUGCGGGAAAGCCUUGUACAACAACCUCCUGUGGAGGAACUGGUCUGCAGGGGCCCUGUCCAAAAUGGUCAUCAUCGGGAACAGCUUUAAGGGGAUCGAGGAAAGAUUGUUGUCAAGAAUAUUGGAGAGAGAUUAUUCUUACAUAGCAAAGGUCUUGAAAGGGACAGAGGAAGUGGCGCUCCCCACUCACCCUCGGUACCUGGACACCUUUAACGACACCUCCGUCCACUGGUUUCCCUUGCAAAAACUGAAGGAACUCUCCCCUGAGGUCUGGGACUUUGUGGAGGAGCCGACGUACCAAGACUGCGACGACUUGGAGAUCAUCAGAAAGGAGGACGGAGCUGACCAGCGCAGUCCCGCUGCCGCAGAGUCCUGA